UUUCUCUGUACACCCCCUCUCUUUGUAAGGUUGCAACUGUCCUCACGGAAAGGGGAGUUGAACUUCCUUCCCGCCAUCCGCUUUUAAAGAUAUAUUUUUUUUAAGAAAAAAACAUCUAAGGCUUGUGCACUAAAUGGAUAGAGAUGGUUGCAGACUGCUCCGUUGAAGAAAUGCAAGCCAGCAAAGACAGAACUCCAAUAAUUGACUUAAAAGAACAAAAUCCAGACAUUGUUGAAAAUUCAGAGUCAGGUUCAGAUGAAGAAGGUUCAUCAGAAUCAUUAAAGAGUGAGUCUGAUGUCGAUGAAACAACUGCUGAGGAUGGUCAGCCAAAUAAUAAUCAAGAACAAGCUGCAGAAGACCCAUCUCUGCUAAGACUGACAUCAGAAAACUGCAGAACUGAAGAAACAACAACUAAUCAACCAGACACAGAUUUAUACAUCAACACAUCGUGUCCCAGCUGUAACUGUCAAACGAAUCAAAGUUUUGAACAAGUACCACCUAGGCAGAUCUCAAAAGACCGUUUUUAUUUGAAGUUGGAUCAGGAAGGAAGCUAUCAGUGUGUCGCUACUGGUCUCAUAUUUGAAGUGACUGGAAAAGUUGAAAUAGUUUACUCAAUUCUGUCUUGGUAUAAGUAUGAUACAUUUCUGGAUGAAAAAUGGAAGCUUUGUGGCCCACUGUUUGAGGUGAAAACUGAUCCAGCCAUACUUGAGGUGGAAAAUGAUCCAGCCGUACUUGAGGUGAAAAAUGAUUCAGCCAUGCUAAAGAGCAUUUACUUCCCUCAUUCCCUCUGUUUGGCAGACCAUUCAGCUGAUAUAAAAUUUGGAAUUUUACACAUAAAGGACAAGAAACCCAUAAUAGAGCCAGCUGUUGACCAUUCAACAACACACGUUCAUUGGAAUGUGAGCUCCUUAUCACCAGUUGGACCAAUCUGUAAUACUAGUUCUGAAAACAUUCAACAUCAUGGUGUUGUGCUGAUUUACAAAAUUAUUAACAGCUACCAGUCUUUAUUAUUUCACGUGUACAUGGCAACAAACAAUCACUCUGUUAUUAAGGAUAUCGGAAAGGCUGAAAAAUAUUCAAAACAUAAAUCUAUAAAAAUUGAUAAACCUCCUCAAUGCAAUAAAAAGCUAAUUACUGGCAAAACAUAUCGACUCCUGAGUGACCCACAAGCUGAAAUAACACCUGGGGAAAUUGAAUUUGAAGAUAUAGCCGCUCUUAAAUGUAAAGGCUAUUUUGAAGUAUUUUUGGAACAACCAGGAGAUUUUCAACUAACCUUAAUGGAUGUAGAUUCAGGUGAAACAAUGUGGUCCUCAAAACUGCGGGAGUGUGACUGGGCACACCAUGACCAAAAUGAACAAGGAAAACCAAGAGACACUAACAAAAACCGGAGAAGGAAAUCAGGCAAUGACAACAUCAUGGAAGAGAACAGUUCAAAAAGACUGCGAUGGAAUGAUGCAACUGAUGGACCACCAUGCAAUAAGAAUAAUAUUAUCACUGAGAAGCAGUUAAUGCAACUUGCUGAAAAACUGGGGAGCAAUUGGCAAAUCUUUGCAAUUAGUUGCCUUGAUCUGCAAUCCCAAGAUAUUGAUAAAAUUAAGGACCAAAAUGCACCACCGACAAUGCAAAUAUUCUACAUGUUGCAAAAAUGGAAAAAUAAGGAAUUGGACAAUGCAACACCUUCCAAUCUUCGAGAAAAACUCAUAGAUGCGAAUAUUGAUCCUGAUGCCAGGAAUCUCCUGGAAGGUUUCUGUAAUCCAUAAAGUUGUAUGAAGAACAUGAUGAGCAGACUAUGUGAGGAAACAUCUUUAAGAACCAGGAUGUAAACUCUGCCACAAUCAGUUGCGGUUUGCUUAUUUGCAAGUUACAUUUUUACAUUGUCCAGUUUGUAAAAAAAGCAAAAAUUUUGAUGAAAAUGUAAUUUUACACUAUUAUCUGAACUAAGCAACUCAAUGAAAUUGGCACAUGUAGAUAUUUCUGCCUUCAAAAUGUAGAACUUUGCCUAUCUCUUACACGCAAUAAGCAUCACUUGAAUAUAAUGUAAAGUUUUCUAGAUUCUUAAAAAGAAAAAUCUAGUGUAAAUUGUGGUCAUAAAAUGUGGAACAUUUAUACAAA